UUAUGACAUUUCGAUAUAAUUCCUAAUUUCUAUUUGGGAAUAUGUAUACAUAGUUGUCAUUUAACUUUUACGUGUUAACUAAAUUAUUAUUUAUUGCCAUUUCGUAAUAAUCAUCAUAUGUGUACAUUUAUGUAAUUCACUCCGAUAAGAAGUCAUGACCUUGGCAAUUACUUAUUAGCUUUUUUAAAAAUCGAACUAUAUAGUCAGUUAAUAGUGCGAAGCUGAAUAAAUUAAUUGAUUUCUAUUCUCGUGAACCCAUUAAUUUAAGAACUUAAUUAUUGUAUUAUGUUUUAUUUUUUAAUCGAGUCCUAUAAUUAAAUUGAAAUAAUCUCGAAAUAAAUAUAUUUAUUAUCGGGAAAUUUAUAAUUUCUUGAUAUACGUAAUUACAGGAAAUUAGUAAUUAAAAUUCCACAACAUGUCACAAUAUGAGGAUGUUAUUGUGGAAGACAAAAGGAGUGAUGAUAGUGCGAUACCAGAAUCAGAGAUUCGGCAUAGAAUCCCAUGGAGUGAACGCGUGUUAUUAAACAGUGAAAUACCAGGCUUACAUGAAGUUAAAGAGCUAUUGGAAGAUGACGAUGCAAGCUGUUUAGCAGAAGAAGAAGAUGGAGUUGGUUGUCCAUUACCUUCAACUCCUGAAGAUGAUCAUCUUCUGGACUGUGAGAUGACAGAAGUGUUAAAAGCUGGUGUGUUAAGUGAUGAAAUUGAUCUUGGUGCAUUAGCACAUAAUGCUGCAGAACAAGCAGAAGAAUUUGUUCGUAAGGUUUGGGAAGCAUCCUGGAAGCAAUGUCAUUUCAGAAAUCUUCCAAAGUGGUUGCAGGAUAAUGAUUUCUUACAUGCUGGUCACAGACCACCUUUACCAUCUUUUUAUGCUUGUUUUAAAAGUAUAUUUCGAAUUCAUACAGAGACAGGAAAUAUUUGGACUCAUUUACUUGGAUGUGUGGCAUUUAUUGGCAUAGCUAUCUUCUUUAUAACACAACCUCCUAUAGAAAUACAAUUGGAAGAAAAAUUGGUAUUUGGUACCUUCUUUGCCGGUGCUAUUAUAUGUCUAGGAAUGUCAUUUGCCUUUCAUACUGUACACUGCCACAGUGAAUGUGUUGGAAAGUUGUUUUCAAAAUUAGAUUACUGUGGAAUAGCUAUGUUAAUUAUGGGUAGUUUUGUACCAUGGCUUUACUAUGGUUUUUACUGUGAUUACCAACCUAAGCUUAUUUAUUUAUCAGUAGUUGUAAUACUUGGUGUAACGAGUAUCGUCGUAUCAUUAUGGGAACGAUUUGGUGAACCAAGUUACAGGCCAUUAAGGGCAGGCGUUUUUAUGGGAUUUGGUCUUAGUGGAGUAAUACCAGCAGUACAUUAUGCUAUUGCAGAGGGUUGGUUUAAGGCAAUUAGUCAGGCAUCUCUUGGAUGGUUAAUAUUAAUGGGAUGUUUGUAUAUAUUAGGUGCAAUGUUUUAUGCAUUAAGAGUACCUGAACGAUUUUUCCCUGGCAAGUUCGAUAUUUGGUUUCAGAGUCAUCAAAUCUUCCACGUGUUAGUAAUUGCAGCAGCUUUUGUUCAUUACCAUGGAAUAACAGAGAUGGCUAUGUAUAGAAUGACAAUAGGAGAUUGUACAAAUCCAUCGCAGGUGAUGGCUUUUUAAUUAUGCAAUGAGCAUAUAAUAUCGUGUUGUUGGAUUUCACAUUAUGUACCUUUAUCGAGACUUAAAAAGAUUCCUAAAUCUUUGUAUGUUGGUAGAUCUGUACUACAAAAGAACUGCUGGAAACAAUAUCAUAAAAAUGAAUAACACAAGAUUUUCCUUCUAGUUCAUCAUGAUUAAAAAAGAAUUUUCAAGAAAAUUUACAAAGAUUUAAAUAAUGAAGUACAAUACGUGAUAAUGAAGAUUAUUAAUAGUGAAUUUAUAACAUUUAAUUAAAUGAAAUUUUUUGCAAUUUCGUAAUUCUGAAUUUAUGGAAAAUAUAGCUAACUUUGUAUUAAGUUCAAAGUUUAAAACGUUUGUCAUAUUUACCAAAAAUUUCAGCAGUACAAAAUAACAAAUAAUAAUUAUUUACACUUGUUGUUUCUUCCUUUAUGUGAAGAAUUUAUUUAAAUAAUGCAAUUUCCUUGUGCAAUGACUUCACUAUAUACAAAAUGAAUACAAAGUUAUAAAUAUCAUUUUAUUAACUGAUAACAACUGAUCUCUUGUUUCGUGCAGUUCUCUUACUUAUUGAAAACAAAUUGAAAAAUAUUGUACGAAAACGAAACAGAGUACAGAUAUAUGGCAACGAACAAAACUUAAUAUAAUUAAGAUUUAGGAACUAAUUGCAAAUACAGAUGAUUUUAUAGUAUAAGCACUAUAAAAGUUAUAAUAUAUUUUGAACACUGUUAAAGCAAUGAAAACUAUUUAUUGUAACGAUUGUGUGUAAAUUAUAUAAAUUCAACUUUUUUUGCGUCACACAUGGACAUAGAAAGUAAAACAUUAAUUUUUUUCAGUGUUUAUAUCUUCAAAAUUUAUUAUGUAUCAUAAUUCGUGUUUUAACUUUCUAUUCCCUAUAUUGAUCACAAGAAUGGUUUCCACUUUUUAAUAUUAGUAAAAUAACUUUUAUUGUCCCGUUUUCUUACUAAACUUUUCAAUUCAUAACUUUUUAUCUAUCUUUUUUAUGUAAAUCUACGUUUAUAUAAAAUAUACAUUUCAUUGCAUAUCUGUUGUUCUUUAGCAUAAAAAGUGUUGAAUACUUUUGUUAUUAUUGUAGGGUCUAGUACUAAUAUAAAGAGAUAUUGUUGAACUUUUUACAUAAAUAAUUCUUACUAUUGGUAAAUUAAUAAAGGAGGAAGUUAUGAAUUUCACAUGUAAAAAGACAAUUAUCCUACUUUAUGUAAUUUCCCAAAAAUAUAUUUUUCUAAAUAAAUAUUGUAGUAUCAUUUGUGAACUAUUUAAAUUGUACUAGAAAUAUCUUUAUCCACUGUAAUAAGUGACAAUCGAGAUA